UUCCAGUUUAGUUUCGUAUGAAACUUCGGUCGGUAUGGAUUUGUAGUCGAAAUUGCGGUUCACUGCGGAGAGAUUAUUUGCAGCUCAGUGCGGAGGCACCCUUGUUCAGAGGGAAUCUAGUGGUGAAAAUUUCGGAAAAUCGUGAAAUUUCCUAGUUUUUGGGGACAACUUUUAGUCCAUCAAAACUUAAGAGUCAUCAGAAAAGAAAAAAGGGUACGACAUAAUAGGUCCUGGACCUAUCCCCAGUGCAGUUGUAUUAUUAGUUUUCUUCACACAGUAAAGGCGUCCCAUCAGGCCUAGGGGGCCUCUCGCCGUCAUGUCGUCCGUGAAGGUGGCGGUCCGAGUGCGACCCUUCAACUCACGCGAAAUUGGUCGCGAAUCUAAAUGUAUUAUUGAAAUGACUGGCAAUACGACUUGCAUCACGAAUCCAAAGGUGCCACCGGGAACCAGCGAGUCGGUCAAACGAUUUAAUUAUGAUUACUCGUACUGGUCACAUGAUCCCCGGGAUUCUGAGUUUUCUACUCAGGAAAUGGUAUACUCCGACAUUGGUGAGGAGAUGCUGCAGCAUUCGUUCGAUGGGUACAACGUGUGCAUAUUUGCAUACGGUCAGACUGGCGCCGGCAAGUCUUACACGAUGAUGGGUAAACAGGAAGAGGGCCAGGAAGGUGUCAUCCCGAUGAUCUGCGAAGAUCUCUUCCGUCGAAUACAGGAAACUGAGACAGAUGAUUUGAAAUAUUCGGUUGAGGUGUCCUAUAUGGAGAUCUACUGCGAGCGGGUUAGGGAUUUGCUAAAUCCAAAAAAUAAAGGUAAUCUCAAAGUGCGCGAACAUCCCCUUCUUGGACCGUACGUAGAGGAUUUGUCGAAAUUAGCUGUGACAUCUUACCAGGACAUUCACGAUCUUAUCGAUGAGGGUAAUAAGGCUAGAACUGUAGCGGCGACCAACAUGAACGAAACAAGCUCUCGUUCACACGCUGUGUUUACCAUAUUUUUUACACAAAGGCGUGUCGAUAAAAUGACCAGCCUUGAAACGGAGAAGGUUUCCAAAAUCAGCCUGGUCGAUUUGGCCGGUUCCGAGCGAGCAGACUCGACCGGUGCCAAGGGUACAAGACUGAAAGAGGGCGCUAAUAUCAACAAGAGUUUGACCACCCUUGGCAAGGUCAUUUCCGCUCUAGCAGAAAUGGCAUCGAAAAGCAAAAAAUCCAAAAAGGCAGAUUUCAUACCGUACCGUGACUCGGUGCUAACAUGGUUGCUACGUGAGAAUCUCGGAGGCAACUCGAAAACUGCUAUGAUUGCGGCGAUAUCACCGGCUGAUAUCAACUACGAUGAAACGUUGAGCACGCUAAGAUACGCUGACCGUGCCAAACAAAUUGUCUGCAAAGCCGUUGUUAACGAGGACGCCAACGCAAAGCUCAUUCGCGAGCUCAAGGAGGAAAUCCAGAAGCUUCGGGAGCUGCUCAAGGCAGAGGGCAUCGAAGUGCAGGAAGGACCGGACGGUAAAGUGGUUUGUGAAAAGCGAGAUGCUAAUAAGGAUGAGUGCAUAAAACUGGAGAGAGGCGACGGCGGCGGUGGUGGCGUUGGCGGUGGCAUCGACGGCAACACUAUCGAAGGUGUAAAUGUCGAUGGCGAUGCUGCAGGCAUCAUGGAGAAGAAGAUGUGCUCUCCCAACCGGUUGCGCAAACGUACCGGAUCUAGCACCGAGAUGGCGGUCGAUCAGCUGCAGGCCAGCGAAAAACUGAUUGCCGAGCUGAACGAAACAUGGGAGGAAAAACUGAAGCGCACCGAACAGAUUCGCGUUCAGCGGGAGGCCGUUUUUGCGGAAAUGGGGGUCGCCGUUAAGGAGGAUGGCAUCACCGUGGGCGUUUUUUCGCCGAAGAAAUCUCCACACUUGGUGAAUUUGAACGAAGAUCCGACACUUUCGGAGUGUUUGUUGUACUACAUUAAAGACGGUCUGACACGUUUGGGUACGUCAGAAGCAAAUGUGCCGCAGGACAUACAGCUGUCUGGCUCUCAUAUUCUGAAAGAGCAUUGCGUCUUUGAAAAUAAGGAUGGCGUUGUCACAUUAGUUCCCCAUAAAGAUGCUCUGGUAUAUCUCAACGGUAGAAAACUAAUCGAACCGGAAGUGCUGCAGACCGGAUCGCGUGUUAUACUUGGACGGAAUCAUGUCUUUCGGUUCACCCAUCCGGAGCAGGCUCGCGAAAAGCGCGAAAAGUGCAAAGAUAAGGAUAUCUGCGAGACACCCGGUACUAAUGGUGAAGUGGCUGAUUGGAACUUUGCACAAUGUGAGCUGUUGGAAAAGCAGGGUAUUGAUUUGAAGGUCGAAAUGGAGAAGCGUUUGUGUGCACUAGAAGAACAAUACAAACGUGAAAAACGUGCUGCUGAUCAAGAGUUCGAAGAGCAGCGUAAGACAUAUGAGGCUCGUAUAGACGCUCUUCAGAAGCAAGUUGAGGAACAAUCAAUGACUAUGUCGAUGUAUAGUAGCUACAGCCCAGAAGAUUUUCACCAGGAGGAAGAUAUUUUUGUCAAUCCGCUAUUCGAGUCUUGUUGGACAGCUCGUGAAGCUGGCUUAGCGGCUUGGGCUUUCCGUAAGUGGCGUUUCCAUCAAUUCACAUCACUUCGAGAUGACUUGUGGGGCAACGCUAUUUUCCUUAAAGAAGCCAAUGCCAUAUCUGUGGAACUAAAGAAAAAGGUUCAAUUCCAAUUCACAUUAUUAACUGACACACUAUACUCACCGCUUCCUCCGGAACUUACACCAUCCCCAUUGAUUGGAGGAGCUCUCACUAAUGGCCAAGAGGAUGAGUUUGGCCAGGCACCUGUUCCCCGUACGAUCGUUGCGGUUGAAGUUACGGACACUAAAAACGGAGCAACGCACCAUUGGAGUUUGGAAAAAUUACGCUACCGUCUUGAGCUGAUGCGUCAGAUUUAUAACUCUGCGGAAUCGUCACCAGAGGUAAUGCGCUAUAUGAUUGAUGUUCCGAGACUUGACACUGGACAGCAUGCCGACUUUGUGGCGAAUGGCAGCAGUGAAACCAUACUGGAAUCUACUAGCACAUGCUCGGCAGAUUGCCUCAACUCACCACCUCAGUCUGCGGAUGCCGGGUUCAGCGUGGGUCGAACCUGCGGUCGACUCACAUUGGCCAAUUUAAUGCCUUCUAGGCAACGCUUGGAGCUGAUGCGUGAGAUGUAUCACAAUGAAGCUGAGCUGAGUCCAACAUCGCCAGACUACAACGUAGAAAGCCUAACUGGAGGAGAUCCAUUCUACGAUAGAUUCCCAUGGUUCCGCAUGGUUGGCAGGUCCUUUGUAUACUUGAGUAACCUCCUCUACCCGGUGCCACUGGUGCAUAAGGUUGCGAUCGUCAAUGAGCGUGGCGAUGUUCGUGGUUAUCUUCGUGUCGCCGUUCAGCCUGUUAUGGAUGAAGAAAAUGCAGAUUUCAGUAACGGUGUUAAGCAGUCCGCUCGUAUUUUGUUCGAUGAGGUUCAAAACGGUCAGCACAAGAUACCGAAAAUACGCACUAUCCACGAUAAGGACGAAAAGUACAUGGAGGGCGCCAACGACAUCAUGAAGUUGGAGGAAUUAGAGCAGGAGGAUGCCGAUUCGGGUCGUGGAGACUCGAGCGUCGCUUCUGAGCUGCACGAUUCCAAUGAACAGGAACCGGGUGAGCAUCUUCAACCGGGCAAGGAAUUUACUUUCCGCGUAACGGUCCUGCAGGCUACGGGAAUUGCGGCGGAAUAUGCAGAUAUUUUCUGCCAAUUUAACUUCUUACAUCGUCAUGAAGAAGCAUUUUCAACGGAACCGGUGAAAAACUCCGGCUCUGGAGCUCCACUUGGAUUUUAUCACGUGCAAAAUAUCACUGUUCCGGUCACAAAAUCGUUUAUCGAAUACUUGAAGACACAACCGAUAGUGUUCAAGGUUUUCGGCCACUAUCAACACCACCCGUUGCACAAGGACGCCAAACAGGAUUGUCAGAUAACACGACCGCCUCCACGUCGCAUGCUGCCGCCAAGUAUUCCGAUCAGCCAACCAGUUCGGAGUCCUAAAUUCGGCCCGCUACCGUGUCCUCCGUCGUCGACUGUACUGGCUAAGCAUGAUGUUUUGGUAUGGUUUGAAAUUUGCGAACUGGCUCCUAACGGCGAAUAUGUCCCUGCGGUCGUCGACCACAGCGAUGAUCUUCCGUGCCGCGGUCUAUUCCUGCUACAUCAAGGCAUCCAGCGCCGAAUCAGGAUAACAAUCGUUCACGAACCGACUCCCGAAGUGAAAUGGAAGGAUAUUCGUGAGUUGGUUGUGGGCCGUAUUCGUAAUCAACCGGAACCGGCUGACGAUUUGGAUGACUCGGACUCUUGUGUUUUGUCCCUGGGACUGUUCCCAGGAGAAGUGUUGGAGGUACCCGGUGACGACCGUUCGUUCUUCCGCUUCGAAGCUGCUUGGGAUUCUAGCCUGCACAACUCUGCGUUGCUCAAUCGUGUCACGCAAACUGGCGAACAGAUUUUCAUCACACUCAGUGCUUAUUUGGAGCUUGAAAACUGUGCCCGCCCCGCUAUCAUAACCAAGGACCUGAGCAUGAUCAUCUAUGGACGCGACGCACGCACCGGACCCCGCUCACUUAAGCAUUUGUUCUCGGGCCAGUACCGCAAUCCGGAAGCUAACCGGCUCUCCGGCGUAUAUGAACUGUCACUGCGGAGAGCUUCCGAAGCAGGUAGUCCAGGAGUACAAAGACGUCAGCGCCGUGUUUUGGAUACUAGCUCGACUUACGUUCGCGGUGAAGAAAACCUGCACGGAUGGAGACCUCGAGGCGACUCGCUCAUCUUUGAUCACCAGUGGGAACUAGAGAAGCUUACCCGUUUGGAGGAAGUCGGUCGAGUCAGACAUCUGCUGAUGCUGCGUGAGCGUCUCGGUAUGGACACCACGCCGAACCCUACCACCAAAACUGAGAAGGACGUGUGCAACUUGGCACAACGUGCCAGUGCAUCGCCGGUACAUAUGGUUAUUCCACCUUCUCCGCAGACACCAGUUAAAGAUCAGCAGACACCGACAAUGCCCGAGCGUGAGUUGACGCCGCGUGAAACGGAACUGGUAUGGAAGUGUGUCAAACUGAUUCAGGGUCGUAUCGGUGGCAAAGCGGAUCUAACGAGCGAUGCCAACAACCAACUCGCCGUUGAUGCCUCGCCUGGCGACGAAGGUUGUGCCGAUAUGAACGCCAGCUACAUAUCGGGUAAUUCCAUCGAACUGUGCUCGCCGGAUCGAGUGGAAGUACCGAAUGGUUGGGAAGCACCUGCACCCGCUCCACAAACGCAGGAGAUGCCGCUUCGAUUGUACGUCCCCGAGCUGGAGGAGAUUCGUGUGAGUCCUGUGGUGGCACGUAAAGGUUAUUUAAACGUGCUGGAACAUGGUGGCUCGGGUUGGAAGAAACGUUGGGUCACCGUGCGUCGGCCGUACGUUUUCAUCUUUCGCUCGGACAAGGAUCCGGUCGAGAGGGCGGUCUUGAAUUUGGCAACCGCACAAGUCGAAUGCAGUGAGGAUCAGGCGGCCAUGGUGAAGGUGCCCAACACAUUCAGUGUGGUUACAAAACAUCGAGGAUAUUUGCUGCAGACACUGGGCGAUAAAGAAGUGCAUGAUUGGUUAUAUGCGAUCAAUCCAUUACUAGCUGGUCAAAUAAGAUCUCGUCUGGCACGACGUAACAUAACCGGCAGCAGUAGCGGAGGUGAUUCGUCUGCAGCGACAGCCUUGAUGUUGGCGCAGGCGCAGAACCAGGCCAUCAUUGGUAACUCUGCCAAAUGAGAUACAAUUACGAUGGAGUCCGUGUUGGUGUAUUAGACGCGUGGUCCCAAUUCCAUCUCGAGCGACCGCGGUACAGACGAAGACCGAAAAGUCUAACAUCAGCGGGUAAAGAUCGGCAGGACAAUAGCGACGAUGUUGGCUUGCAUGCGACUGUGCAAAGAAGCAGCUUAAAGGUGCUUCUUUCCGUUUACUUUCGUGAUCUCGUUUGGUUCUUCACCAGACUCGAACAGUUUUUGUUGCUAUUUAUUUUCCAAUUGCUAUACGAACGUUGAAGCUGCUUCGGUGAAGCGACCAGCGAUUAGUAGACCAUGUGAACACACGGAUCCAUCACACAGAUUAGUGAUUAACAGAACGGAAAGUAGUGAAAGUCAGACUUUACCAUGUUACUAAGUAAAUCGUGAAGGCUUAGCAUUAUUUUUUAAAUGUUUGAAUGAAAAACAUUGACUGCAACACUGAGGUAUUUUCAGAAUUUAGAGAAAAUAUAUAUAUAUUUUUAUACGCUUUUAUUUUAAGCAAUUGUGUAGAUAAUUGAUACUUUCGUUUGAAGGGAAAAGCAAAUAGUCGAUCCUUGAACCGAUAGGCGAACCAGAUAUUCAGGGAGUCUGGAAAUAGAACUCAAGCAACUAUUCCUCAGUUAGACGCAAUCUUUCUUGGUUACAAAGUUUCUAGUCUUGGCCAAACAUUGGCAUUUUCCAAGAAAAAUAGUGAUCGAUCACGAGGAAUUUUGAAAAAAAAAAGUAAUAUUUCUUUCAACCAUCUAAAUAUAAUGUUCCCAGGUGCUCAAGACCCUCCGACGUCAAGUGAUCAAAAGCAAAAGAUGACAUGUAGCACUCAAUCAAUGAGUAACCGUUUAAGUUGAUUUUCGCUAAUUCAAUUUUGCUUUCAUUAAUAUUUGAUUGGUCCGAAAGUGACAAGUAAUGGAGGAAAUAAAACAAUAAAAUUGAUAUUAUUAAAUAGAAGUUUAAUGCAUAGAUCAAGGAACAAACCAACAAGAACAAGCAGAAAAAUAUUCAUCGUAUAACAAAAAAAAAACUUAAAUAGUUGUAUGUGUAUAUCUUUUCUCUACAAGCAGAUCAAAAGAAGCGAACUAAAACAAAAUGCUUAUUACCACUUUUAACAAUUACAAUACUCAACAACAACAACCACGACAUUAGUAGAAAAGCAGACACAGGAAUAAAAUGCCGAAAGUACACCAAUUCGCGAAUCAACGUCAGUAUUCAAAUCCUUUUCCCUUGCUCUGCCUAUUGAACUGGAAUACGGAGACUGUGCGUAUGUUAGUACUGGUGCAAUAUUGGCAGCUCGAAUUCGUGCAAUAACGGGCGGCGAGGUUCGGAGAAGAUGAAAAUUGGUAUCAGUUGACGUGUCUGACUUGUACACAAUCUAGAGAUCUGAAACAGUUUCAAGUGCAAAGGGAAAAUCUAUCUGAACAGCAUGACUCUCGGCACAUAAGUGUGUCAGGAAAUGGAUCAGUUGGUUAGUUUGAAUCAUUUUGUUGAAAUGCUUUAUUCCUAAAGGAGAAAGUCCAAAGACCAUUCAAAAUGGUUUGAUAUCGGGUUCUAAUGCCGGAAGAAUGCCACAAACUGAAAUUAAUCAGAACAUUUUUGUAGGAAAAGGAGAAUUUUUAAUGCUAGAAAACAAAUGUUGCCAUAGCGAGUGUGGCUCAGUUGUACACCGCCAGGGGCUUAAACAAUGCUUUACGCGUAUGUCCGAUAAUACCCGGUUUGCAGCGGGACUAUUGGCUUUCGUUUCACAGUUUCAGUCAACAGUAUGACGAAAAUUCACGCAAGCGUAUUACCUGCACAUAUACAAACUAGUAUUAGAUAUGGCUUGAAAUUAACCAUGGUUAUUUAUUUAGAAGGAAAAAGCUAAUAACCACUGCUGGUGCGCUUAGGAUUUCUCAUUGGGUCAUGUUCGAGGCUGAGAGCUAGACGAAAACAGGAGAAUCUACACUGUGUAUAGAAUCUGUAUAUAUAUAAUUGCUCAUUGUUUUUCACGCCGAUAGUAUCGUAGGUAUUCAUUGUUGCUUGAUUUAUAUUGAUUGUUCUGAUACAGAAAAGCUAUUUUCAGUUCAUGCCUUCGGCAGCAGCAGAUGUAAAUAGGAAAGAUAGCAGAAUUCUGGAACGAAGAAGACUACUUCAAUUGUUUAUUUUGUAGUCAGUCAGCGUCAGGCUUGCUUGGUAGAAGCAAGAAUUGUAGCAAUACUCUAUCUAUAUUUUGCUAUCAAUGCAACGUGAAACGUAGUUGUUCUAGUUUUUGGCUGUCAGAUUGUUUUUCAUUGUAAAAUCCUGACAAUAAAAUCUAACAUAAUCAAAUGCGGCGGCGCUUUGCUUCGAAUUUGAAUCACUCGUGUCAAUGCUUCGCGAGGAACAUUACAAAUGUUUCAAUUUCGUUAGACAUAUUUCACUGCACGUAAAAUAUUUGCCAGCCUCUCGCGUUUCCGUUCGUUUCCUUACCAUGCCGAUAAGCAAAAAUAGAUGCAGUCUGCUCUACUGUACCGACGAUUGAAGUGAUCUUCACAUUCCAGGGUAAAGCAAUCUGUUCGGUUUUAUGUUGCUUAUCAUUACGUUAUCAGUAAAGUAUUAGUUUUAUUCAUUUACUUGAAUGAGGCGAAUGAACCGAAGACUAGUUAAACGGAAAUGAAUCUACAGAAAGCAGCUGGUACCGGCUAGCGAUAGGCAGUGAAUAUAAUGUGAGUCAUGUGAAUGAGAUUUUAGCAGUUACGUUUCUUUUUUCAAUAAGUUGGAAUGUUUUUUGCAGCAGAGGUGGGAAAUCUUACAUAAAGUGAUGCUGAAAUUUCACUUUUUCAUGUUAAGAUUGAGGGGAUGCUAAUUUCUUUCUGAUAGCUUGUAACAUUUAGUCUCCUCUUACAACGAGAGCGAAGACAUCACUCGUAGUGCUACCAGAAGGAUGCUCUUGACCGGUACUACUAUAUCUCACAUUCCAGUUUAAAAGUUAAGUUCUACCUUUUACUCUAAUCUGAUAAACUCAUAAACUCAUCUUCUAGAUGUAUAGCAAUAGUAAGUGCUUAUAGCAAUCCUGCUAUGAUCGGAUUGUGCUAAUUUGUUACAAGCGUUAACACUGUCAACUACUAGCAACACGUUGCUUUCACUUGCUCGGUUAAUUCUAAUUUGUGAACUUGCAAAUAAAAUCGUAACACGCAAAUAACUGUCACACAUUCCCAGUAUGGUGUAAUAGUAUUUAUGGAUGGAACUCUUGCAUAUUUAAAUUUCUCCAGAACAAAUAAAAACACAUUCUUGAAAGUAUUUAUUAAAGCAGACAGCAAAUCAAGUUCUAUAAUUGCAAAUAUUCGACGCAUAUAAUCCUUACGAUUCCAAGCGAGCAGCAAGAACAGAACAAAAGCAACAGCAUUUGCUAUGCAUUGCAUUGCGGGUUGACAAUUGCAAGGAAGUUGGCGAAAUAAAAAACAGCAUUAUAUAUAAAGCAAACCAAAAAAUAAAAAAAUUAUACCAUUAUUUAUUGAACAAAUAAAAAAAACAAGGUACACACUAAAAUUAAACAAAAAAGGAUAGUAUAUAUACAAGAUGGAAACUGGUAACAAGCAAAACCAAGCUAUUGAAACUACACAUUCUAUUAUGAAAAAUGCUUUGGACAAAAGUAAAAAUAAAAAGUAAUGAAACAUACACACAA